AUUCAAUCUUCUGUUACUUAAUUAUCUUGUUUUAUCUUUUCAUUUUAAAUAUAAUGAUAACGAUAAUGAUAACUCAUCAUCUUAUAUCUCAUUUUUGUUUCCAAGAUCCAAGAAUUUUCCUGUGGUGAAGAUUUGUCUUUCUGUCUAGCCUUUUCUUUGAAACACCAUUUCUUGGUUUUUGAUUUUAAUUUUAAUAUUUAUUUGUUGCAAGCAUAAGGGAAAAAAAUUAUAAAAAUGUCUAUAAGUAUGAUUAUGGAUAAAAGGGAAGUUGAAGGUUCAUGUGGAUUUAUGGAUGCAUUAUCAUGUGAUCCACAAGAGGCAUUUUUUGGUGGUAAUAAACAAGUGUUUAUUAAUGAGGAGAAGGCAUGCACUUGUAGUUCUUCAUCAUCUAUUGGGGAAAAUAGUGAUACUAUAUCACAUGAAGAAUCAAUGGAUGAUGAUUCUCAAGAAGUUGAGAGUCCUUUCACUUCCAUCCAACCUCUACACCAAGUUUUACCAGUUAGAAAGGGUAUGUCAAGGUUCUAUAAUGGAAAGUCAAAAUCAUUCACAAGUUUAAGAGAAGCUUCAACUUCAUCUUCAGCUAAAGAAUUAGCAAAGCCAGAAAAUGCUUCUUAUAUUAACAAGAAAAGAAGAAACAUAUUGGCAUGUCGUUUACCCAACAAGAAGAACCACACUGGCAUCUCAAAGAAGAAACAUAUUGGCAUAUUGGCUAUGAAUUCUGGUCUUUGUGACAACUCCACAAGUUGGAGAUCAUUUUCCUUGGCUGAUUUACAAUUUGUUUCUGUUACAACAACUCCUACUACAUUACAACAAGCUGAAAAGAAACCAACUAAUUGAGCAUUUGGAUGAUUAGUUAACUUGUUCUUCUCUUCAUUUAACAAAAAGGAUUCUUGUUUAGCAAUGUGUCAACACAUUCUUUUUUGUGACUAGAUGUGCCCAACAGCCUCUCAACUAGUUAACCAUCUAGAGGCUAUGAAUGUUGUUAUCACUAACAUGU